GCCGUGGAACGCCGUGUGAGUGUGCGUGUGUGUCUGUCAAAUGUUUGUUAUUGUGUGUCAAAUCGGCGCAUUUUGUGGAAAGUGAACAAGAUUGAGCGAGCGAACGAGCUAUAGACAGGAUUUCAUUUGGGCGCACGCACGCACGCACGGAGCAAGCGCGCUACGAGUUGGGAGUGAAAACCGCUUGCUUCCCUUCCCUUCCUUUCCUUUCCCCUACUAAUUGUCCACGGGAGCCACUUUUGCACUCAAUGCAGCCACGAAGCCUUCAGUCAAUCGAUGUCAGCCUGCUCAUCCAGCCGCCCGAUGCUUCUUGUGGAAAGAUGGUGGCGUUGUUUCUUCUUUUCUUCUUUGCUGCGUGGCCCUUACUCAGCGCAUCUGCACACAAUACAUCUGCUGGUUGUGCUAUCAUCCGUCCCCCCAGAGAUGGUGGUAUAAGAUACAGAGGCCUUACACAGGAGCAGAUUCGAAGUGUGCAGGUUGUCCCCGUUGACUAUGAGAUCGAGUACAUCUGCAGGGGAAACCGUGUGAUUGUGGGACCCAAGGUCAGGAAAUGUCUGCCCACUGGCACCUGGACGGACCUCAACCAGCAGAGCCGAUGUUUGUUGUUAUGCCCUCGGGUGUGGACGUCUUUGGAAAACGGUCGAGUGUCUUCGUGGCCGCCGGGGCUCCCGGUGGAGGCAACUGUGCUGCGCUAUAGCUGCCUCCCCGGAUUCAUCUUGAUGGGCCCAAACUCCACGCAGUGCAACAAGUUGGGCAAGUGGGACACGCCCAAACCCGUGUGUCACUAUGACAGACAUUUCAAAGCUCCGGGCAAGAAGAAGCUAUACAUCGGCGCGCUCUUCCCAAUGAGCGGAGGCUGGCCCGGAGGGCAAGCCUGCCUCCCCGCCGCUAAGAUGGCCUUGGCUCUGGUCAACCAGAGGGCCGAUAUUCUUCCCGACUACGAGCUGGAGUUGAUUCAUUACGACAGCAUGUGCGAUCCCGGAGAAGCCACCAAGCUCCUUUAUGACCUUCUGUACACAGAACCCAUCAAGAUGGUACUGAUGCCCGGCUGCAGCUCAGUGUCCACGCUGGUGGCUGAGGCCGCUCGCAUGUGGAACCUUAUCGUGUUAUCGUACGGGUCCAGUUCUCCAGCUCUGUCCAAUCGUCAGCGCUUUCCUACGUUCUUUCGCACUCAUCCGUCGGCCACCUUGCACAACCCCACUCGAGUGCAGCUCUUCCAGAAGUGGAAGUGGACCAAGAUUGCCACCAUUCAGCAGACCACAGAAGUUUUUACAUCGACCCUGGAUGAUCUGGAAGAGAGGGUGAAGGAGGCUGCCAUUGAAAUCAGCGUUCGGCAGAGUUUCCUCACUGACCCCGCCGUGGCUGUCAAAAACCUGAAGCGUCAGGAUGCCCGAAUCAUUGUUGGCCUCUUCUAUGAAACCGAAGCCAGGAAGGUCUUUUGCGAGGUUUACAAGGAGAAGCUGUACGGGAAGAAAUACGUGUGGUUCCUCAUCGGCUGGUACUCCGACAACUGGUUUAAAAUCAACGAUCCGGCCGUCAACUGCACGGUGGAGCAAAUGACAGAAGCCGUGGAAGGUCACGUGACCACUGAGAUUGUCAUGCUCAACCCGGAGACCGUACGAGGAGCUUCCAACCUGACCUCCCAGGAAUUUCUUGAGCAGCUGAUGUCAAAGCUGGGGGGCAAAAACUCCGAGGAGACGGGCGGCUUUCAAGAAGCUCCCCUGGCUUACGACGCCGUGUGGGCUCUGGCGCUGGCGCUCAACAAGACGGUGGGACCUCUGAAGGCCAAAGGUCGGCGCCUGGAAGAUUUCAAUUACAACAACCGAGACGUAACGGCCGAAAUCUACCGUGCCCUCAACACCAGCUCUUUCGAGGGAGUUUCGGGUCACGUCAUAUUUGACGCCCAAGGUUCUCGGAUGGCCUGGACUCUAAUUGAACAGCUCCAAGGAGGAAGCUAUAAGAAGAUCGGCUACUACGACAGCACCAAAGGCAAUCUGUCCUGGUAUGGGAAUGACAAAUGGAUUGGCUCUGGCCCCCCCGCAGACCAGACCAUGGUGAUUGAGGAGUUUCGCUACCUCUCCCAGAAGCUAUUUGUGUCCAUGUCUGUGUUUUCUAGUGUGGGAAUCCUGCUGGGCAUCAUCUGCCUCACUUUCAAUAUCUACAACAGCAGUGUCAGGUAUAUUCAAAAUUCCCAACCCUACCUUAACAACAUGACGGCAGUGGGCUGCAUGAUGGCGCUGGCUGCCAUCUUCCCUCUGGGCAUUGAUGGCCUUCAUGUCCGCAGGAAGCAUUUCCCUGUCGUCUGCCAGUUUCGUCUUUGGCUGCUGGGUCUGGGCUUCAGCCUCGCGUAUGGAAGCAUGUUCACCAAGAUCUGGUGGGUCCACACGGUCUUCACCAAGAAGGAUGAGAAGAAGGAGAAGAAAAAGCACCUGGAGCCAUGGAAGCUCUACGCAACCGUCGGCGUUCUGCUCGCCGUCGACUUUUUCUCUCUGGUCAUCUGGCAGAUUGUGGAUCCUUUACAUAUCACAGUGGAGAAGUUCACCCGGGAAGCCCCGAAAGGAGACCUGGAUGUUCUAAUCCAACCGUUAUUGGAGCAUUGCACUUCUGAAAAAAUGAACACCUGGCUGGGCGUGGUGUACGGUUACAAAGGCUUGCUGCUGCUGCUCGGCAUCUUCCUGGCUUACGAAACCAAGUCCGUCUCCACGGAGAAAAUCAACGACCACCGAGCUGUGGGCAUGGCCAUCUAUAAUGUGGCUGUGCUGUGUUUGAUCACCGCCCCCGUCACCAUGAUCCUGUCCUCUCAGCAGGACGCCUCGUUCGCCUUUGCCUCCCUGGCCAUCGUUUUUUCCGUCUACAUCACCCUGGUGGUUCUGUUUGUUCCCAAGAUGCGUCGUCUGAUCACGAGGGGUGAGUGGCAAUCCGAUGCUCAGGAGACCAUGAAGACCGGUUCGUCCAUGAACAACAAUGACGAGGAGAAAUCCAGGCAACUGGAGAGAGAAAACAAGGAGCUUCAGAAGAUUAUACAAGAAAAAGAAGAACGCGUAUCAGAGCUGAGGAACCAGCUGUCUGAGCGACAGGCCCUUCGAUCCAGGAGAAGGCCAUCCACCGUCUCCAAUCAAAACAACAGCGCAGCCCAAGUGGGCAUGCCCGCCACCGACCCCCGAUCCUUGGCCCCGCCGCCGGGCUACCCUGCGCCCGCUCCUGAUCUGCACGCCGUCCCGCCGUCCUUCGGCAAUUCCUCCAGCCUCUACCGGCCCGACGGCAAAACGGGCCGCAAUAACUGUCACGCCAGCCGGCUGCAGAUGCUCUACAAAUGAGCUGAACGGAAACCACCGGGGGGGGGGGGCGCUUUUCCUGACGCUCCACGUACCAGGUGUUGACAGAUGGACCAAAUAAGGUACGACGCCUUCAAAAGAUUCAGACACAGGAUGCGAUUUUGUCAUAUCCGAGCGGUGAGUCAUGGAAAGUAGGAUUUUAGAAAAGUGUUCCUUGUUGACACUUUGCUGAGCUUAUCCCCCAUCCCCCCCCAUUAAGGACGAAGCUUUUGCCGAGAUUUACUCUUCAAGCAAGCCGUUCACAUUUUGCUCCUACUUUUCCAUAAGCAAUUUUUUUUUUACUAUAAGUCAUUUCAGAGUAUGUCGCAAUAGAAUGCAUGAAGAAGAAGGAAAAUGACUUUGGAUGCCUUACCACCACCACCACCAUCAAUCAUCUUCUGACAAAAAAAAAGGUCCAUUUCAUGCACUGCUUUCCAACCUUGAGUUGGAAUAAACACACCAUUUCCUGACUUCUUCAUCUCUGUGACUUCUGAUACUACUCCACCUGUUUGCUCCCUCAUUCUUAAAAGUAAAAAUGUUGUCUUAACUAAAGAUGGCUGCAACAUCAUUCUCAUUUUGACAUUUGUGCUUUUGUCCCAUUCUGGAUCAAGUUGACAUCCAUGUUCCACACGCAAAGUGGGCACCAAACAUUUUCUCUCCAGCUCAAGCAAUAAAUGGGAAGAUCUCAUAUUUUGCUGGUUACACAGACUCUGUUGGCUUCAUUUUUAAAUUUGGCAUUAUUUGGUUUGCUGUUGUUUUUUUUUUUUUAUUGCACAUUACUUUCUCCGUUUAUGGUAUUUUUUGGUUGAAGGAACAGAGGGGGAAAAAAUCAUGGCUCUACUGUUUAAAGGUUCCAUAAUCUGGUGUCAAAAAUGUGUUUGAAUGAUGUGGUUUAAUGGUGUAGUGUAUUUGAAACACAUUUCCUUUCACUUUAAUUGGUCUACUACCAUUUUAUGGAGCAACAGAUUUAUGCAUGUCCUUAAUUCAUGUUAAAAAAAUUGGCAUCGAGACUCAAAAAGGCCAUUUGGCGCUGAAAUGAGAGGCUUCAGUGUAAUGACUCUAUUUUUGUUAUUGCAUCUUGUGAUACCAUACAGCUGAUGUCAUAUUUUCAAUGGUGGUCAAACCUUUCACUUUAGAUACAUCAUUCUAAAAAUCGACACGUUCAAAAACAAACAAACAAUAAACCCAACACUUAUUUGAAUGUCUAUUGUCAGAUCCACUGUCAGGGACAGUUUUGUUUUUUCUUGCUCAAACCAACAGCUCUUCCCAUUUUCACUUUCACUUCCAAACGCUUGGCAAAUAAAAAGAGGAACAAACAAUUGGCUAGAAUCAUCCUAAAACCGAAACCGAAUGAAACAUAAGAGAUUUGACGGUGCCGAGGAUUUUGCGAUUUCAAAUUAAAGUGACCGUGAAAUUGCAACCACCUCAUUGAUUUGAAAUCCUUCAUUUCAAUAAAAGGAGACCUUAACA